CUCGGGGCCGGGCUCUGAGCGAUGCUUCUCUUCCCCUGCAGACCGACAUUGAGAUUACACGGGAGGAGGACUUUGCACGCAUCCUGCAGAUGGAGGAGGAAUACAUCCAGCAGAUCUGCGAGGACCUGCUGAGGGUGAAGCCAGACCUGGUCAUCACUGAGAAGGGCAUUUCGGACCUGGCCCAGCACUACCUGAUGAGAGCCAACAUCAGCGCCGUCCGCAGGGUGAGGAAGACGGACAACAACCGCAUCGCCAGGGCCUGCGGGGCCCGCAUCGUCAGCCGCACCGAUGAGCUGCGGGAGGAGGACGUGGGCACCGGCGCCGGGCUGUUCGAGGUGAAAAAGAUUGGAGAUGAGUACUUUGCCUUCAUCACCGAAUGCAAGGACCCCAAAGCCUGCACCAUCGUCCUGCGUGGGGCCAGCAAGGAGAUCCUGGCGGAGGUGGAGCGCAACCUGCAGGACGCCAUGCAGGUGUGCCGCAACGUGUUGGUGGACCCCCAGCUGGUGCCAGGAGGAGGGGCUGCAGAGAUGGCGGUGUCCCACGCGCUGACGGAGAAGUCCAAAGGCAUGACAGGAGUGGAGCAGUGGCCCUACAGAGCGGUGGCGCAGGCGCUGGAGGUCAUCCCACGCACGCUCAUCCAGAACUGCGGUGCCAGCACCAUCCGUGUGCUCACCUCGCUGCGGGCCAAGCACACCCAGGAGGGCAGCCAGACGUGGGGGGUGAACGGGGAGAGCGGAGCCUUGGCUGACAUGAAGGAGUUGGGGGUCUGGGAGCCCCUGGCUGUCAAACUGCAGACCUACAAAACGGCCGUGGAGACCGCCGUCCUCCUGCUCCGCAUCGAUGACAUCGUGUCGGGACACAAAAAGAAAGGCGAAGAGCACAGCAAGGCGCCAGCACCCACUGAAGCAGCCCAGGAGUAGUGGGGCAGUGGGGCCACAUCUGGAGCUGCUGUUUCCCCCCCAGUCCCGAGUUGGAGCAAAGGGUCCCAAAGUCAAUUGCCCAAAGUUUGGGGGGUGGGAUGGGAACGUGGUGAUGGGGACACACAGUGCCUGGGCACGGGGGGGAGCUGUUGGUGUUUAAUUUAAGUCUGUAAUUCCUUGCAGUUUGCCUCAACAAUAAAAGGCAUCGCACCCUGUGGGGCUCUGUUGUGAA